AUAAUGUAGUCGUUCUCGCCGAGUUUUAACCGAGACGGGGAAUAAUGUAAUUCACCCUAAACCCUCUCUUGGGCCCAUGAAAGGUACUAGUAUUGGCCCACUACAGUUUCUUUCUGUAUGACGUGUCUCCACGAAUCAGAGAAGGGAGGGAGACUUGGCAUAUUAAGCUCGCACGAGGAGGAGAGGAGAAGGAGGAGCAAUGGCGAAUACGCAGACUUACGGCUUUCCGAUAUACGCCGCGGACUGGAUCCCGGAAGAAACCGUUAGAUCGAAAAUCGAUAAGCAUAAAGAGAAUUCCGAAGAUGGCAUCGAGCCGUCGUCAUCGUUGGCCUCCCGGAGCUGCAUCGCGUUGGCCGGCGGAGGCGGAGAGGGGCGAAGCGGGAUUCCUAACGUCAUCGUAAUCUGUCGUGUUGAUCUCGAAACCAAUUCUCUAUUAGAACAACCUGUGGGUAGGGUUGUGGUCAGUGGUCUUCCUUAUAGAAUGGCUGUUCAUCCUCGGGAAGGUGCUCUUAUCUGCGCAUUGCCACAGAGUUGCAAACGGUUUGAUUGGGAGAACAUUAUGAGGCCAAGGGAGGGUGAAGAGUUAGAGGAAGUGAUUAACGAGUUAGAAGAUGUUGGACAACAGUUAGCUCUAGAGUUUAAUCAGGAGGGCUCUGUGCUUGCUGCUGGUGGGGAGGAUGGAACUUUGAGGAUUUUCGAAUGGCCUAGUAUGAAAACGAUACUUAAUGAAUCUAACGCACAUGGAGAAGUUAAAAACCUUACUUUCAGCGAAAGUGGUAAGUUUCUUGUAUCUCUUGGAGGUCCACUUUGUCGGGUUUGGGACGUAAAUGCUUCUACUGCCGUUGCUAGUCUAUCAAAAGAGAAGGACGAGUUGUUUGCCUCCUGCAGAUUCUCCGUUGACAAUUCAGGCGAUGAAGUUCUUUAUAUUGCUGCAAAGACUGAGCGUGGUGGGAGUAUUAUAACAUGGGAUACAACUUCAUGGAAAAGAAAACAAUCAAAGCUUUUGAAAAACUACUCUAUUACGGCCUUUAAUGUCUCACCUGAUGGAAAAUUUCUUGCAUUCGGAACCCUUGAAGGAGAUGUUUUGAUAAUUAGUUCAACAAAAAUGAAGACUCAUCAAUUCGUUAAGAAAGCUCAUCUCGGUUUGGUCACCGCACUUACUUUCUCCCCUGAUUCAAGGUUCUUGGUGUCAGUAUCUUUUGACUCAAGAGCAAAGCUAAGCGUCAUUGAACAAAAGCCUGAAACAGAUGGAAUAAACUGGCUGGUGGUGUUUUUGUUGUUCGUGUUGGUAGUAGUGGUUUCGUAUUAUUUCUUGAUGGUAAAGAGGAUCAUAGGUAAAGAAUAUAGCCUCUAAGUGACCCCACGAGACGAUACAUACGAAUGGCUUGAAAAUAACAUAUGCUCUUUUGAUAUUUUUUUUAUUGUUGUUUGUUUUACACCGUAGCUUUUUGCGUUUGUAUAAUGAGAGAAAUUCUAAGGGGCCUUGCGAGAAACUUGGAUGCUUUAUAUCAUAAAAAUGUAAACUAACGUUGUAAGAGAAGCAGUAAACUUGAAUGCAUUAUAUUCACUUCCUUAAAGCUA